AUGCGUACUUCUAUGCUUCUGGGUGCUCUCUGCGCCGCCGGUGCCAUGGCCUCUCCCAUGGAAAAGCGCUCCUACGAGACCGACUGGACCAUCGUCACCGUGACCACCACCAUCACCGCUCCCCUGCCUCCCGCGGCCCCGACCACGGCCCCCGUGCAGAAGGUGAAGGUCUCCGAGUCCGUCUCCAGCGCUCCCGCCCCCGAGGUUGAGUCAACCACUUCGGAGCCCGCCCCGGUCCCGACCACCACCCCGGCCGCUGCCCCCGUCGAGCCCUCGACCGAGGCUCCCGCUCCCGAGCCCACCACCUCCCAGGGAGGUGUGGUUGAGAACAUCGAGGGUGCCUUCACCUCGGCCUGGAGCUCCGCCUGGACCGUUCCUGCCGCCGAACCCACCACCACCUCGACCUCCUCCAGCUCGAGCUCGACCGCCGCGGGCGCCGCUGCCACCGGUACCUACCAGAAGGCCAUCCUGCACAACCACAACAUCCACCGUAGCAACCACUCUGCCACCGACCUCACCUGGUCCGCCGACCUGACGGCCAGCGCCCAGGUUCUUGCCUCCCGCUGCGUCUAUGAGCAUGACACGAGCAUCAACGGUGGUGACUACGGCCAGAACAUUGGAUACGGAGUUGCCGAGAGCGAUAUCGGAGCUAUGAUUACCAACCUGAUGUACAACGACGAGAUGGGCUUCUGGGAUCAGUAUGACCUGUACGACAAGGCCGACCCCGACAUGUCCCUCUUCGAGAGCUGGGGCCACUUCAGUCAGAUCGUCUGGAAGGGCACCACUGAAGUCGGUUGCGCCACCGUCACCUGCCCUAGCCUUGGCAACGUCGAUGCGGCCACCUCGGUACCGUUCACCGUCUGCAACUACGGACCCCCUGGUAACUAUGCUGGUGAAUACGCCGACAACGUCAAGCGUCCUCUUGGACAAAGCAUGAGGACUCCUCCCUACAUACACCUGCCCCCUUCGCAUGAUCCCCAACGGCUACCGGAAAACGGUGGGCGAAGGGUGCAUGGUAAUCUUCAGUUUAAUAUGUGGGAUGAUGCCCCUGUUGUCAGUCAUACUGUGAAAGCCUUUGCCAAUGGAAAGAAAAAUGGAGAAAGCCUCUGGCAAUUAACUGCAUGCGGCGCAGGACCACGUGACCGGCCACGAACCUUCCCCGCGCGCUUUAAACGUCGAGACGAACCAAACUCAUCUCGAAAACUCGCCUUUCCCUUCGCCCGAAACGUCAUCUCCUCUGGCGUUGGUCGCUCUCGAACUAGUGACACCGAGCCUAAUCUGGGCCAUCCACCCGGCCUCCAUCCUCGAUCUCACCUUGCGUUGCCACUCGGGCACUUGCAAUGCGACAUCAAGCAAUUCGGCCUUAGUUUGUCAUCUACUACCUGGUCUCCGAUCUAUCCCACUUGCACUUGCACAUUGCAGGGUAUACAGCCCAGUCGCGAUCAAGCUUCUUCCUUUCUUCCUUUCUACCCUUCACAGUCGCCUCCUCUUCAGCUCGUCUCAAUUGCAUUUCGCCACUUUACGGCUCCAAAGCCGUUGGGGAACGCUAUGACUUCUCCGCGAUCUCAGCCGUCUCUCGAGCCUAAGAUUAAGCCUACCACGGUGGAUGUUACGCCAAAUGCCGACCACCCUCCCAAGAAGCAGGGCCUGACGUUCGCUAACCAGGACUCUCUCCCCAAACUACCGGUCCCGGACCUUGAGAGCACCUGCAAGAAAUAUCUUGAGGCUUUGUCCGCUUUACAAACCCCUAGGGAACAGGAAGAGACGAGAGCGGCCGUGCAGGAUUUCCUCAAAUCUGAUGGCCCCGUUCUUCAGGAAAAGCUUAAGAAUUAUGCGUCAUCCAAGACGAGUUAUAUCGAGCAGUUCUGGUACGACUCUUACCUCAACUACGAUAGUCCGGUUGUUCUGAACCUCAAUCCAUUCUUUUUACUGGAAGAUGAUCCUACUCCCGCCCGGAAUCACCAAGUCACCAGAGCGGCGUCGCUGGUCGUUUCGGCAUUGUCUUUCGUCAGAGCCGUGAGACGGGAGGAACUACCGCCUGACACGGCUCGCGGCACACCACUCUGCAUGUACCAGUACUCUAGACUGUUUGGGACAGCCCGUUUGCCCACGGACAAUGGAUGUGUUAUCAGCCAAGACCCCAACGCAAAACACGUCGUCGUGCUGUGUCGGGGCCAAUUCUAUUGGUUCGAUGUCCUCGACGACAACCACGAUCUAAUUAUGAACGAGAAGGAUAUCGCGGUGAAUCUGCAGGUCAUUAUCGGGGAUGCGGAGCAAACUCCCAUUCAAGAUGCCGCCAAGGGGGCCUUGGGUGUACUCAGCACGGAGAACCGCAAGGUGUGGUCCGGAUUGAGAGAUAUCAUGACCAAGGAUGAGGGUUCCAACAAUGCAGAAUGCUUGAAUAUUGUCGACACCGCCCUGUUCGUCCUCUGCCUGGAUUACACCGAGCCCCACAGUACUUCUGAGCUGUGUGCCAACAUGCUCUGCGGGACAAGCGAGGUCGUGAAGGGCGUGCAAGUUGGCACCUGCACCAACCGGUGGUAUGAUAAGCUUCAGAUCAUUGUGUGUCAGAACGGAAGUGCAGGUAUCAACUUUGAGCACACCGGCGUGGAUGGUCAUACGGUGUUACGAUUCGCCAGUGACGUUUACACGGACACGAUACUUCGCUUUGCCAGAACCAUCAAUGGCCAGGCUCCGAGUCUAUGGGCAACCACUAGCCCCGACCCGACCAAACGCGAUCCCCGAAGCUUUGGCAAUGUCAGUACCACUCCUCGGAAGUUGGAGUGGGACAUGGUCCCCGAGGUUAGCAUUGCGCUACGAUUUGCCGAGUCUCAUCUCUCCGAUCUGCUCCAACAGCAUGAGUUCCAAGUGCUCGACUUUACCGGCUUCGGAAAGAACUUCAUCACAUCAGCAGGGUUCUCGCCCGAUGCGUUUAUGCAGAUGGCCUUCCAAGCCGCCUACUACGGACUCUAUGGUCGCAUCGAGAACACUUACGAGCCAGCUAUGACCAAGGUCUUCCUGCAUGGCCGGACGGAGGCAGUUCGCACGGUGACUAACGAGUGCGUCGAUUUCGUCAAGACAUUCUGGGGCGACAACCCCCCAGAGCAGAAGGUGAACGCGCUCCGGAAAGCGACGGAGAAGCAUACGGCGAUUACUAAGGAGUGUUCUAAGGGUCAGGGCCAGGAUCGCCACCUUUACGCUAUGUAUUGCCUCUGGCAACGGUCUUUCGAUGAGGGUUCUUCGGCCGGCAACAGCGUGGAUGGUAGCUCCAACGGCUAUUCCAGUCCCGUGGAAAACGGGUCCGCUAUUGACUCUCCGAAACUAUCUGCAUCGCUCUCUGAAGAUGGGUUAUCAUCAGGCAGCUACGGACUACGCGCCAUCCGCCCGGCGCCACCUACGCCGGCACUUUUUAGCGACCCGGGUUGGGACAAGAUUAACAACACGAUCUUAUCGACUUCAAACUGCGGCAACCCUUGUCUGCGUCACUUUGGAUUCGGGCCGACGUCUGCCGACGGCUUCGGGAUCGGAUACAUCAUCAAGGACGACUCGAUCUCGUUCUGCGCGUCGUCCAAACACCGACAGACUGCCCGCUUGAUGCACACCCUGGAGACGUAUUUGUUCGAAAUCCGCAAGCUGCUGCGGAUGACCACCCGCAAGACCAUGAGCCCGCGCACGAGUCGGGCUCGAGAGAUGGAAACGAUCGCCGAGCGAUCGCCGGGCGAGCACCGCCGGGGACGCAUUGUCCGGGGCGACCCGAUGCAGGCGACCCGGGGUACCGAGACGCCCACAACGGACAGCGGAGAACUGGAGGACGAUGGCAUGGGUGGAUAUGGAUUCUUCGAUGCAGGGAUGCUGCUCCAUGCACUCAAAGGGCUGAAUGCAGACCGGGAGCGGGUCGGGGAUAAGCCUGAGAAACGUCGGUUCGUCGGAAAGAAACUCCGAUUGAAUGAAUAUUGA